AGUGUCGCUGUUUGUGUCUCAGCAUCACUGCCACACCCUUGUCGAGUGUAGCAGCAGCAGCAGCCAGCAGCAUGAUGCCAGUUGCCCUGCUAGUUUUGGCUCUCACGGCAGUCUGCAAUGGGAUCCUCCCUGAGAUAGUGGAUCUAGGCAUCAGUCCCAUCCUGGAGGAUAAUUCCUCCCAGGGACAAACGGAGCUGGACCGCAUGUUUGUGAAAGUGGAGCAACUGCCAGAGGAUCCGGAGCAAAAGCCCGAUGCGUUUCACAAAAGGAACAACGAGAGUGUAAAUCUCAGCCCUCACCCUAAUAACCUUCCUGCAAGUCGUCAUCCCAAUGAAAGUGCUUCUGAUAAAGUGACUGAUAACGAAUCUGUCCACACCUCAGCAGAACAGGAGACAAACAACAUUUCCACAGCCGUCCAGUCCAGUGACCUGGAGAACAAUAUUGAUUAUGGGUGCAUUGCUGAUGAGGACUGUGGGAAGGGCAGGUAUUGCCUUUAUGACAAGCACGACUCAAAGUGUCUGCCUUGCAAAGCAAUCGAUAUGUCCUGCACUAAGGAUACGGAGUGCUGUGGGGAGCAGCUGUGUGUAUGGGGACAGUGCAGUCUGAAUGCAGCCAAAGGAGAGGCCGGCAGCACUUGUCAGUAUCAGACUGACUGCAGCCCAGACCUCUGCUGUCUUCUCCACAAAGCCCUGCUCUUCCCUGUUUGCUCCGCCAAGCCCAUUGAGCGUGAGCGCUGUUUUGGUGCCUCCAACCACCUGUUGGAGCUGUUGUCAUGGGACAUUCAGGACAAGGGACCCAGGAAACAUUGUCCCUGUGCAGGAGAUCUCCAAUGCAAGCACCUGGGACGAGGGUCCAUGUGCCUUGAAGGAGAGGACUCGAGUGAAGAGGAUCAGACAGACAGUCUAUACUCCGAGAUAGACUAUAUCAUUUAGACGCAGCGUGAUUGGAUUCAAUUUCACAUUGCCUUGUAAACAACUUGACAGGGGUCUCUAUUGACUCCAGAGCUUUGUCGCAAAGAACAAUAGCACUUUGUGUUUGUGAAUAUCUGUUGACUGCUCACCUCACUGUUGUCACUGCAUCACCUACAUCAUCAGCUGAUAGGUUUAGUAGCAGCACGGCAUCAUCUUAAGAAAGUGCUACCAAAGUAGAACAAAGUCCCCACCCAGUUUGCAGUCCCACUGCAUUUACUAUGCACCAGAUAGAAAAACGACCCAGAUACAAUCAGGCUUAAUGUACUGCAUGAUCAAUAAAAUAGUACCACAGAAGCAGACAAUAAUUAAUUAUGUUCAGGCUUCCAAGACUCCUCUCAACAUUACACAUAUAUUCAUCUACAAGAAACACUACCAUGAGAUGUCAGCAGACUUUGGUAAAAGAUAACAGUUGGUCAUAUUGUCAUGUAGGAAGCUCAUUUGCAUCCUUAUAUACAUGUCUGAUAAAAUCUCAGUUUGUUUAAGAGUAAAUCUAAUUCUAGCUGCUGUAAUACCAUUUCCUCUUUACUUUUCCUCUUUAUUCCUGAGGAAAUGUUUUGGCAAACAUUGUUGCUUGAUCCUAACAAUAUAUACUCUGCUCUACGUACUGUGAUGUUUUUGCCAAGAUCUAGGCCCUAACCCUAACCCUAACAUGUUUAUGGCACCAAGAUGACGUUAUCACAUGCACCACAAGAGGAAAAACUAUCUAAUAUGCCAUGUUGUGAUUCAUUCUAUCUAUACUUUUUUCAUGUAUGGUAUAUAUAUUUAUUAUAUGUGCCAUUUCUUUUAUACAUGUACUUAAUUCUGUAUCACUUUUUUCAAUUGUCCAUUUUUGUCUUUCAAGCAGUAUCUGAUGUCCAGCAGCUUGUCAACAACAUAUCAGAAAAUAUUAGAAGUACGACCAAAACAGUAGCUUAUUUGACUAAAGUAAUUAAACUUAAAUUCUUCUAUAGUUUAUACAACUACAUCAUUAUAAAACUCAGACCUUGUAUGGAAAAUGAACAAAUAUCAGCAUCUAGAAAUGCUAUAACAAACCUUCAUUUUUAUAUACCUAAUAAGAUAUUACUAAACUGACAGGCUGCAGCUUUGUCACUAGAUUUCUGCUUGGAGCAAUAAUCAUCCAAUGCGAGUUUUCAAUUGUCAAAGAGUUUUUGUCUACGCCUGCAUACCUCUGUGGUGCCAUACCAAACAUGCCAUAAGUCCCCAACACCUCCUGCUUGUAUGUGCUCUGUGUCUUCCAUGCAACAUCAAGUCAGGAAGGUAUGAUAUGAAUGCAAACAAUACCUGAUGUAUGUGUGAAUAUAGCUUUUGUACUAGCAACUUGUGCUGGAUGUUAACUCACAUGUAAAUGUCAAAUAUAAUCUCUGCACUGUUCUUUAGCACUUGAAACCUGACGUGCAGCUUGUACAACUCUUGGCCUAAUAAGUUUGUUUUUUUUAAAACCAAAGCCUUUAUGAAAAAAUAAAAUAAAAAAAGUGUGUUAAAUUAAGCCAUUUUAAUAUAAAGACAGAAAACUGCAGUUAUGAAAAAAAGCAUUUUUAAUUAAUUUCUAAAAUCAUUUUAAACUAUUUUCACACAGGAUUUAAAUCUCAAAGAAAUAAACACAAACAA